AUGGAAACGAUCAUAGCCCUGUGGAACAGCUAUGGCCAGCUGGUGAACAGCUUCUACGAGCUCGAGCCACGGUUUGUGGACUACUGGAACCGUGAGUCUAAACCCAAAGUAUUCCGUGUCGGACCCUUGUGCUUGAACCUAUCACCUGAAACAGAACCCAAUUUGCACAAGGAAUAUUGUAGAUGUAUUCAUUGGCUUGAUCAAAAACUAAGGCAGGGAAGGCCAGUUCUCUACAUCGCGUUUGGAUCUCAAGCAGAAAUAUCGCCAGAACAAUUAUCAGAAAUCGCUGGUGGCCUGGAAGAAUCGGAAGUGAGUUUCUUGUGGGUGGGAUUUCUGAGUCACUGCGGCUGGAACUCAGUGUUGGAGAGCAUAUGUGCAGAAGUUCCCAUACUGGCAUGGCCAAUGAUGACGGAGCAACAUCUAAAUGCAAGAAUGGUAGUGGAAGAGAUUAAAAUCGGGUUACGGGUUGUGACAAUAAAUGGGUCGGGUAACGGAUUUGUCCGGUCCAAGAACUUGAAGAAUAAGGUGAAAGAGCUUAUGGAAGGAGAAAAGAGGAAUGAAUUGAGGAAGAAUUUGAAGGAGUUGGCCGAGAUGGCAAGGAACUCCAUGAAGGAGGGCGGCUCGUCAUGGCUUGCACUAAACCAACUCAUUAAAGAAAUUUAUUUGCAACAAGACCCUCGAAAACUUACUAAUGCGCAUGAUGGUUGUCUUUCUGCGAAACGGGCAAAACUAAGAGCUCCGGUCCCAUCUAUUCUGAUGGAAGUUCGGGCAGAGAAAGCCCUUGAAGCUAUUUAUGUGUGUUGCUUCGGGAUAGAUCCAUUGGAAGAAGAAGAUGAUGAAAGACUACUAUCUAUCAUGCUCAAUGCCGUCUUCCCCACAGUUGGGUGGCCACGGAUAGAAAAAUAA